AUACAUACACCUUGGUAGUGAGUAGCACCCACUUAACUAUACGUAGCCGCGUUUACACGUUCACUUCCCAACACGUGACACUUUAUUGAGUAGCAACGAACAUAUUUGAACUCUUCCUUGUUGCCCAUGCAGAUUUUCUAGGAAAGCAACUGGCAUGGUCGUCGUUAUAAACGCAACGUCGGAGGAUUCCUGUGAAACGAACUAUCUGGCGUAGUAGGCGCUGAAAGGUGUUGAAUUGCCCAAAAAGCUACUCCCCUCCUUGGUAGUCGGUAAACGGAAAUGGAUAACCACCACGCACGAUACGGUACGCGCGAUCCAUCCCCUACCUACAUGAUGGACAAAGCCUUGCGACAAAGUUCGGAGGAAUAUUUCCGCGAGUUAUUCGGUUUAGAUGAUUUGCAGUUGCAGGACACAAUUACUUCCAGCAGUGGUCACAGCGCACCAGUUUCUACCGUCAACUAUCGAGCACUGUACAACGAGAUGAAAGCAAAAGCGAAGCAACUGAGAUGCGAAAAUGAAUUCUUGCGGAACAAACUAAGAGAAAGCGAGUGCCAACUGUUGCAAAUUACUCGCGACCGUACCUUUUUGCUAGAGCGACUGGUCGCAUACGAAAGGCGCCGCGUACCAUCAACGGAUACCACGUGCUCAGAACUGGACACAUCGGAUCAAAGUAUAAAACAGACACAUCCCCGGGGCUCGAAAAAUGGCCGUUCGAGUAUAGCAGGUGCGAUGAAGAAAUUCGGUAAUUAAGUGAUCAGUAGCAUCCUAAUGCUUUUUAUUUGCG